CCACCUCUUCAUUGGUCAUUCACCAUGGAUUCAAAAGAAGCACUUCCCGAUACGACACAAGCAGCGGUCUUUAUGGCAUCAGCCGAGAUGCCCAAGGGCUCUGUUGUGAUCAAAGGCCCCGACUUUAACCAGACUGUUACACUGGACUCGCUCCUCUCAACAUUCAUUACUUCAGGCUUUCAGGCUUCAGCCAUGGGUCGUGCAAUUGAGAUCAUCAACGAAAUGCGUCUGUGGCGUCUCUCAGACGAACCUUUGCCUGAACCCACAUCCGACAGCGCUGUUGAUCCCCAGUUACUGGAUCCGGAAUAUCGUCAAUCAGUCAAAUGCAAGAUCUUUUUGGGCUAUACUUCUAAUCUGGUCUCGUCCGGUGUUCGUGAGGUGAUCUGCUUCUUGGUUCAACAUAAACUAGUCGAUUGUCUGGUCUCAUCCGCAGGAGGGGUCGAAGAGGAUUUCAUCAAGUGUUUAGCACCAACUUACUUGGGUGAUUUCAGUUUGGAGGGCACUAAACUGAGGAAGCAAGGUCUGAACAGGAUCGGUAACCUGUUGGUCCCGAAUGACAACUAUUGUAAAUUUGAAGAUUGGGUGGUCCCUAUUCUGGAUAAGAUGUUGGAGGAACAGAACGAUGAGAAGAUCAAGGCUCAUUGGACCCCUAGCAGUGUGAUCAGGAGGUUAGGCAAAGAAAUUGCACAUGAAGAAUCGAUCUACUACUGGGCAUAUAAGAACGACAUUCCAGUCUUUUGCCCGGCACUGACGGACGGAUCGCUUGGUGAUAUGAUCUACUUUCACUCGUACAAGAGCCCUGGGUUGAUCAUUGAUAUUGUUUCUGACAUUCGAGCCAUGAACAACCAGGCAGUAUUUGCAAAGAAGACUGGAGUCAUCAUCCUUGGCGGAGGUGUUGUCAAGCAUCAUAUUUGCAAUGCAAACCUUAUGCGUAAUGGAGCAGACUAUGCAGUCUUUAUCAACACGGGGCAAGAGUUCGAUGGCAGUGAUGCGGGCGCCAGACCUGAUGAGGCUGUUUCAUGGGGGAAGAUCAGGAUGGAUGGCAAGUCAAUCAAGGUCCAUACGGAUGCAACAAUUGCGUUUCCUCUGAUUGUUUCACAAACGUUUGCAAAAGAUUUCCCUAGAAAGAAGGCUGAAGGACCUCAAUAGACAAUAGAAGCU